AAGAAAAGGCGUCGCGUGCGUGUGUUCUUUCAAGAGGCAAAAAGGGAAACUUCAAGUCAUUUCUCGGCCUGAAGAUAUUUUUACCAGGUUGUUUUGAAGCUGCCAUGCCUGCAAAAAAAGCUGCAAAGAGGAGAAAAGAAAAUGAGCCUGAGGACUUGCCACUGAAAAAAGUGAAAGUCUCUCACGGCAGUCACGGUCAGGAGAAGGGCCUGGUCCUGGUACUUGGGCAGGGAGAUGUAGGUCAGCUAGGUCUGGGUGAGGAUGUGCUCGAGAGGAAGAAACCAGCGGUGGUGAUCCUUCCAGAGGGCGUUGUGCAGGCUGUUGCAGGGGGUAUGCACACGGUGUGCCUCAGUGAUACAGGCAAUAUUUACACAUUUGGCUGUAACGAUGAGGGUGCUCUGGGCAGGGAUACCUCAGAGGAGGGCUCCGAGAUGGUGCCAGGAAAAGUGGAGCUGGCAGAGAAGGUACUGCAGGUAUGUGCGGGCGACAGCCACACUGCUGCUCUCACAGAAGAUGGAGCAGUCUUCAUCUGGGGAUCCUUCAGGGAUAACAAUGGUGUCAUUGGCCUUCUUGAGCCAAUGAAAAAAUGUACUUUGCCUGUCAAAGUCCCUAUAGACAGUCCUGUGGUAAAAAUAGUUUCAGGAAAUGAUCAUGUAGUAAUGCUUACUGUGGAUGGCGCUCUCUACACUUCUGGCUGUGGAGACCAGGGCCAGCUGGGAAGAGUGCCAGAGUGCUUUGCCAGCCGAGGGGGCAGAAAGGGGUUAAUGAGGUUACUGGAGCCACAGAUGGUCAUGGUGAAGCCUCGAGGGAAGGUCCAAUUUACUGAUGUCUUCUGUGGGGCAUACUUCACGUUUGCCAUUUCUAAAGAGGGUCAUGUCUAUGGCUUUGGUCUCUCCAACUAUCACCAGCUGGGUACCACAAGCACAAACACCUGCUUUGUUCCUGUAAAGCUCAGUGCCUUCAAAAAUUCUACAACCUCAUGGGUUGGCUUCUCUGGUGGACAGCACCACACUGUCUGCUUAGACUCAGAAGGGCAGGUUUACAGCCUUGGCCGUGCUGAGUAUGGACGUCUGGGUCUGGGAGAGGGUGUGGUGGAAAAAUCUGAGCCCACAGCAGUUAAAGGAAUCACUAGAGCCUGUGUGGUAGCAUGUGGAGCAUCUGUGAGCUAUGCAGUCACUAAAGAAGGCACUGUAUAUGCCUGGGGCAUGGGUACCAACUUACAGCUGGGCACAGGAGAUGAAGAUGAUGCUUGGAGCCCAGUGGAGAUGGCGGGCAAGCAGCUAGAGAACAGGGUUGUUCUAUCUGUCUCCAGUGGAGGGCAGCACACAGUCUUACUGGUCAAAGAUAAGCAAGAGAGCUGAUAUUAAACCCAAAUGCUGAAAGCUGAGCUGUACUACUGUCCUGGUGGUAACUUUAACUUGAUCUGGGAUGCUGGGGGAAAUCUGGGGUUGCUUAAAUUUCCUGUACUGUACCAAACUAGCUGAGAUUGGAGAUGUGUAAAGAUGGGUGGGUCUCAUCUGAUUAAACGUUUCUCCCACUUUGUGGAGAGUCCAGGCGUUCACUGGGUGUGUUCCGGUGGAUCAUGAUCAAAAAGACUAAUGUUUUUGUUUUGUGUGUUUUUUUUUUUUUUUAAACUUUUUUAUUUUUCUCAGUUCUUUUUAAUGUGAAUCAGGAGUGAGCAUUGUGAGGCUUGCCAGUUGUGAGUGAACAUGUAUGUAAUGUAUUGAUGGUUUAAACAGGUGGUUUUAGGAAAUUUCCCUGCAGUGGGAUUUUAAAAGUUAAUAUUUUUGCCCAGAACAAUACAUGUGUACAAUGUGUUCUUUACAUUUUUACAGGAAAAGAAAUUUUGUUUGGUCUUCCUAUAAUUUUCAGUAUUUGACUGUUCCUUAAAAUGCAAAUACCAGUUGUCGGUUGCAUCCAUGAUGUGCUUGCCCUAUGGGAAGUGUAAUAAAAAUAAGUUUUUACUUUGUUUCUUAAUGAAUUUUGCUCAGGAAAGAUGGCACAACUUCUCAGAAAGCACAUCUCAAAGCUGUUUGUACCCAGGUGUAUAGAGUUGUGCAGUUUCCAAAUCAAAUUAGCUGUAUUUUACCCUUAUAGCCAUAAUGUUGCACACAACCAAUGUUAAAUUGUUUUGUAAAAGUUUGCAUUUGGGUGGCUCAUGAAGUAAUGGUGUGGGAGCUUAAGUGGAUUUGUGUGUUCAUGCUGCACUACGAGAGUACAUGGAAAAUGUUCUGAAAACACUAAUGAUUAUUGAAGUUGUUUCAGAAAAUUGGCUUGUUCCUCAGUUUCAGAUCGACCCAAAUCGUUGUUUCAAGAUAGAAAGCACACAAUGCAAUUCAGCCGAGUUUCAUCACAAAUCAUAGAGAGACUGCUGUAUUGGAGCUGAAAAGCCCUUGUAGGCUAAUUUUGUCAGACCUUUGAAAUGCUAACAGCCUCUUGUGCCAGCACUUAAUUGGCCUCCAUCAUUUUUAUCCCCUGUUGGCCAAAAGGCCCGAAGGGGCAUUAUAUCCUGGCGCUAUCCAUCUGUUUGUCCAUCCGUCCCAGGAAGGGUACUUGCCUUCCGAAAUCAACUCUCAGAAUUUUUGGAGGAAUUUCACGUAACUUGACAGGAUUCUUUGUUAUAUGUUGGUAAUAUGCAUAUUGCAAUUUUGUUCAAUUCAGUUGUAUUUUACCAGAGUUAUGGCCCUUGAUUACCAAACUUGUACUUUGACAAUUUCAUGAGGGUGUAUUAAGCACUUGUUGCAUAGAUAGUUGCCAGCGGGGGAUAUUGUGCUCUUGGAGCACUCUUGUUUUCUGGUGUUGGUAGUUUUUAAAUUUUCUGUUGCCAACAAAUUCAUUUUGAAUACUUCAACUGUGUGUGGGUUUGUUUUUUUUUUUGUUAGUUUAAAAAAAAAAAAGUAGCUAUUCCAUUCAGCUUUAUUAUGCAUUAUCUCUUCUUGACCACAAAUUUCUAUUGAAUAACUGAGGCUGAACAGAAAUUUUAGAAUAGAUUUGAAAGAUGGACGUAUUUGGCCAGUACUUGGUAGAACCACUGUGGGGGAACACCUGUGCAUUUUUGUAGUUCUCCAAUCAGCCAAUCAUGAAGCAGCAGCACACUGUGUAAAAUGGUGCAGGUACCUGUCCAAGGGCAGGGUGAGGACAUUGCAAGGCACAGUCUAAGAUUUGGAUAUUUUAUCUGUAGUAUUGAUAGCAUUGCCAUUAGUUUUUCACCAGAGUAUUUGGUCAUCACCAUAUUGGUGAAUGAUGGUAUAUGCUUCUGUAGAAGGCAUUGUCAAUCUAGUUUUAAAGUUAGUUCGGUAAAAUGUUAUCUUAUUGCUGGUAAAUAAUGUUACUAACAAUGUGUGGUGGUUUUUUUUUUUUUUGGGGGGGGGGAUUACUGACUACUCGAUUUAGUUUUCACAUGAGCCAAACCCACACUGGGAGAGAAUGAGAUGCAAACUGAGGCCUUAAGUCACUUUUAAGCCUGAGAGUGUAAAGAACUUUCUCAAAUGGGUUACGUUUUAAACUCCAUAUUAUUGAUGAUGAAUUGUGUUCACUCGGAUUUGCAACCUAAUUAGGAAAUGAAAUGCUUUAGCUGUUCAGCAAGAACAAAGUUGCUACAUCCGUCGUGCCUGAAUAUUUUUUCCUUUUGUAGUAUAUCGGAUUCUCUUGAUUGGCUAUGGUUCCUACCACUCAUCAUGCAUACAGACAAUGUUCUUUGAAUAAAUCUGACAUGGCA